AUGGCAGAGGAUAAGCCCCUCAGCGAAGUGUAUAAAAAUGUAGUUUAUUCUGUGUCGGAUUUAUACUCUUACACCGAUCUCCAAAAGUUACUCGACUCAAAUACGAGAGCAGCUUUUAAAGAAAUCGGUCUUAAAAUCGAUAAUAAUGUCAUCUACUUCAGACUUGCUUUCUAUUUACUUCUGAACGCAGUCGGAGCCUACACCACCUUCUUCGUUCACGUAGAAAAGUCAAAAUUUUUGUUAAAGGUUAUGUUGAUUGUUUUUUUCUCUUUAUUUUCCGUCUAUAUCGCCUACGAUAAGGUUCUCCUAUGCAGAGCACAUUUUGUCGUAAAACUCAAAUAUGGGCAAGAGUUAAGAGGUUGGAAGGAACUUUUGAAAUUAGUACGUUAUAAAAGAAAGGGUCGAAAAAAUAGGACUGAAACAUACACAUUACCCCUAGGUGAUUUGUUUUUCUCAGACGGAGAGUGCGAUUAUGACCAUUUUGUAAAAUUAAUGGAGAAGCUCAAACCGACGCUUCUUAGUCUUGACAGAAAAACUAAAAAACAAGACUAA